AUAAAUAAAAUCCCCACCAACAUUCUCUCUCUAAAAUUCCAAAAAAUUUUAUCUUAUUUUUAUUUUUCUUCUCUCUCCUUCUCUCUAUGAUUUCUCGUAGAGCUUCGAACUUGAAUUCUUUUCAUCGGCGACUGUCUAAUUCCGCCGUACAGUUUCAACAAUGCUCCGACCUAACGCCGAACGACGCCGUUUUCCGAUAACUUUCAGUAGUCUUACAUUUCUUGAAGGGGGACAUUGUGUAUAAAUGAUGCAUAGAAUUAAUGUGAUGGAAGGGAAUAAUCAUCAUGAUGGGACUCAUUCCAAGCCUGCAAGAAAAUUCAUUCAGAUUGACUCUAUAUAUAUUGAUCUAUUUAGCUCCAAUCAUAAAUGUGAUGACCAGUGUGAACUUUUCUCCAUCCGUGGUUAUGUAUCUGAUAUGCGCAAAAAAGAUUGGAAGAUAUGUUGGCCGUUUUCUGAUAUUGAGAAUGGCCAUAAGUUGGAUGAUCCUAUACUCUUGGUCCCGCCUGUAUUUGAUCCGAGUUUCAACCCGCAGCGAGGCAAAAGUCAUUGGCAAGAGAGUUCUGACAAAGCUGCAGAUAAAGGUUUCCACUUUGAUAGCUGUCACAACCUUGGAAAAAUUUCAAAUUCUUCCCCAAAAGCUCCAAAACAAGAUGUAAUCAAUGGAAGAACAAUGGCUGAUAAUGCUUCUAUUUCGGGUCGCCAACCCUCAAAUUGUGAUCAGAAGGAAAAGAAACUUGAUGUUGCAGAUAGAGAUAACUGUACUGUUGCUCUUAUAUCACAAAGUGAGCCAGGUUGUGCAAGUCAUGGAGUUACUGAGAUUGAGCCUGUUAGUGGAAAGCUCAUUCCCAAAGCAACUGAGGAAAGCCCUGCAGCACUUCAGGAUGGAAAACAAACUCAUGCAGAUCGUCUUAAUGGACAAUUAACCUUGGUAUCAGAGAAUGACAGUACGGUAGACGUACCCCGAGGACAUUAUACUGUUACAUUUCAAGAAAAUGGAGAUGCGUCCAUGGAAUCAAACCAAAGCACGGAUUCAUUAUCUGAAAGUGCUGAAACAGUUGGAAACAGUCCUCAUCAUUGUCAUCUAGGAAAGUUACAUCGUCGAAGAACCCCAAAGGUUCGUCUAUUGACUGAUUUGCUAGGAGACAAUGGAAAUAUGAUAGCUAAACAUGUCGAAAGUUCUCCAUCCGAUGGGUCUCCUGAGGCAUCUGUGCAGGCAGAUGUGAGGUAUGCUCCCAAAUGUCAGGUAACUAUAGAGGAAGAUGUUUGGCAUUCAGAUCAUAGACGGGAAAGAAGGUUGCCUCGGAAUGGAAAGUGUAGGCAUCAGGAGAUUCCCUCUUCUUCCAGUGUGGAUAAGAAAAUUCAAACAUGGAGGGGGCAGAUAGAAAGCUCUGUUUCUAGUUUAGGAAAUGAAAAUGCUCAUUCAGGAAUAAAACAGACCAUGAAAGGCCCUUGGAGCAGCUACAAAAUGGAUGGAAACAAUAGUUUAAGAAGGAAAAAAAGUAAAAAGUUUCCAGUGGUUGAUCCAUACUCCGUGCCCUUAGUGCCAUCUAAAGUUAAAGAUCAAUGUGAAGUUCAGGCAAUAACCGAAAAUAGAAGUGAGGUUGCUGUGGAUAGUGCUGCUAUCUUAGCAUAUCACAAUGAUUUUUCUAGCAGAACUCCACACUCAACAUCAUUGAAUGCCAUGGAAUCUAAAUCUGGCACAUCUAAGAACCCAAAUUCAAGCAAGGAGCCUGUGAUUUUUGAAGGGCCCACUAAUGUAUUUGCAUGGAACAAUGGAAUGCUUUGGAGGGGAUCAGUUACACAGAAAGAUGUGGAAACCAUGAAAAGUAGGUCUGUAGCUAAUCCUCUUCCAAGUUACAGAAACAAUGAAAGAGAAUUGCAUCCUUCUCAUAAUAACUAUUCAGAGCCACAAAGGGACCACAAAGGAAUCCAUCAUCGAGGAGAAAACGAGCUGGCCACUUUUUUGCCUGAGCUAGAGGACACUUCCAAAGUAAGGAUUAAUAUUGAAACGAGUAAUCUUGGAUAUCCAAAUCACCCUCAUCAAGCUUCAGAUGUAUUUUAUGGACAAGGAGUGCGUAGUGUGCUGAACAGUAAAAUGGCCAACUUGAGAAUGCCUCUUCCAAGACAAAAUGCAGAUCCUCACACAGAUAAUAGUUGGUCGCAGCUGCAGAAUAAGGAUUUAUACAGAAGAGGCAAUGGGAAAAGAACUAUUGAAGCUCAGGAACCUUUGGCCCUAAAUAAGAGACAGAUUAACCAAAAAAUGGACCAGGCAUCUGAUCAUGGGACUUCCGACGACAUCCCCAUGGAAAUCGUCGAACUAAUGGCAAAGAAUCAGUAUGAAAGACGUCUUCCUGAUGCCGAGAAUAAUAAUAAACACGUUUCAGAAACAGGCAAAUUCUCAAGGGCUGUUCAAGUGAAUAAUUACGGCGAUGUAUACAGAAAUGGGAGAGAAUUAUUACAAAAGCCUGAAAAUCUUCAACAAAAUGCUCAGGCAAGGAAUGGAGGAAAAGUUGUGGAAACCAGGAAACAGAAGUCAGCAGAUUAUUUCUCAAAUAUUAGGGAAUCUCACUUUGAUACAAACCAUCCGCAGCAGAAUCAUAUGCUCGGGUGUAAUGGUUCAAUUCAUUCUCUAGUGGAGCCAUCAAAUGGUAUUCAAUAUUCUUCCAUUGGAUCUAAAAGAAAAAGUUGUACUGAGAUUAGAAAAUGUAACGGAAUUACAGUGGAAGGUCUCUACAACUCCAAAGUACAAUCUUCUGAAGGAUGCAUGGAUCAUUUACCUGUUUCAGAACAGAAUAUAGAAGCAGCUUACGUAUGGUCUUCUUCUUCUUUGAUGCCAGAUCAUCUGUCCAAUGGAUAUCAGAAAUUUCCAGCUCAUUCGACCAACAGCAGGAAAAUCUCAAGUCCGAGAUCAUUUCAGAUGGGAAACACAAAUGCACAGAAUCAUCAUAUUCAUCACCAUACCAACCUAGAAAGGCAUGGUAGGCAUAACAACAAUUCUGAAGCAUACGGCCAGAGAUUUGCAGAGAGUUCAUUUUGUCACUGUCCUAAUGUGGCUGAGCUUCACCAUAAUCCAGUUGGUUCAUUGGAGUUGUACUCUAACGAAACCAUAUCGGCGAUGCACUUGCUUAGCCUCAUGGACGCCAGAAUGCAAUCUAAUGCACCCAUGACUGCAGGUGAGAAGCAUAAGUCAUCCAAGAAAUCUCCUGUUCCUCGUCCUCGAAAAGCUAAAGAAUUUUCCACAACGAACAUUUGUUUCAAUAAGACCAUCCAGGACAUAAACCAAUUUUCAUCUGCUUUCCAUGACGAAGUUUGUAUUUCAGCAACCAAUGCAUCUGCUAGUACAUUCCAGAAUAUUAGAGGAUUUGGAACCAAUUCCAAUUUUUCCGGCCAGGCUGUCUUUAGGCCUCAAUAUGGAGCAAAAAUGAAAUGCUCAGAUCCAUCUUCGUGGAGUAAAGACCAAACACUAUCGAAGUCUCAGUUCAGAAGUGGUGAUCUGCGCACUGAUGAUAGAGCAUUUCCUGUUAAUGGUAUAGAGAAAGGUGUGGUAAAUGCAACUAAUUCCGAAGUGUUGUUGGUGCAUCACAUUGAAAGAAGCUCUGAGGAAUGCAAAUUGGUAGCUCAUACUAGAACUCUGCAAAACAAGAAAAGCACUUCUGAGACUGAAAUAUGUAGUGUCAACAAAAAUCCUGCUGACUUUAGCUUGCCUGAAGCAGGAAAUAUAUACAUGAUUGGAGCUGAAGAAUUCAAUUUUGGAAGAACUCUUUUUUCUAAGAACAGAUCUAGCUCUAUUUGUUUCAAUGAUCGGUACAAACAGCAGAGGAUCGUGUAGCAUGAUAUCGAAAAACUACAUGGACCGAAUCGACACAUAAAUCUUGUGCAAUUCCUUCUG